AUGGAGGUGUUUAGAGAGGGACAUGAAGGUGUACGAUGGGUAGUUAUGGGAGAUGAUGAUUCAAUAUUUUUCGUGGAUAAUAUGGUUGAUAUUCUUGCACAAUAUGAUCAUACGAAAUAUUAUUAUUUUGGAGGACAUUCGGAAUUUAUAUUAUCGAAUUAUUGGUUCUCAUUUAAUCAAGCUUUUGGUGGAGCUGGAAUUAUAUUGAGUUAUCCUUUGGCUAAAGCAUUGGCAAGAGAUAUGAUGUCUUGUUUAAAGAGAUAUGCUUAUUUGAAUGCUGCUGAUAGAACAACAAUGACUUGUAUUGCUGAUAUUGGUGUCAAUCUAUCUCCUCUUCAAGGCAUUCAUCAGAUUGAUCUACGUGGUGAUUUAUCAGGAUUUCUAUCAUCCCAUCCAAAAUCCUUACUAAUGUCUCUUCACCAUUUUGACAUGGUUGACCCAAUAUUUCCCUCUAUGGAUCGUGCACAAUCAAUAUUCCACCUUCAAAAUGCUGCACAAUAUGAUCAAUCACGUAUGUUACAACAAACUAUAUGUCACCAUAGGUCUAAAAGUUGGACAUUUUCAGUUUCUUGGGGAUACUCAGCUCAUAUUUAUGAGAAAAUUAUGCCUAGAAGUUGGAUACAAAGACCAAUUGAAACAUUUAAACCAUGGCAAAAAAGUCCUAAUCCACCACGUUAUAUGUUUGAUGUUAGAAGUACUUCGGCGGAUCCAUGUGAAGCUCCUCAUGUAUUUUUCUUCAAGUCCGUUGAGAGAACACCAAGAAAUGAAAUUCUUACAACAUAUACUAGAGCAUGGCCUCGAGGGAUUGGAACUUGUUUGUAUGCUGGAAAUCAUUCUGCAGAGUAUGUUUCUGAAAUUCAUGUUUACUCACCAGCAAUAAAACGUAUUCAGAUUGAUAGAUGUGAAUGUUGUGACAUCGUUCACAAGGAUGGAUCCAAUAAGGCCGAGGUCAAGUAUAGGGAGUGCAAGGAAGAUGAGAUAAUAGCUUGA